ACGUAAUCAAUCUCUACAGCCGCCUCCUCCAUCGCGAUUCCGUCAAAAUUGCAAAACCAGCGGUACUUGUAAUUGAUUUGUGGCCAACUUCGCUCUCUGUCGCAUUUGAUUCGGUUAGGGUUUCUACUCGUUCUUGAUCCGUUUCCAUGGCCUCCAGUUCGAACAGAUCCGCUGGUGGCUCCUUUUACGGUGGCGCCGCUCCUUACCGAUCAAGAGAGGGACUUAGCACGAGACCGGUUGCUGGCUCGGAUGAAAUUCAGUUGCGGAUUGAUCCGAUGCACGGUGAUUUGGACGAUGAGAUCACUGGUCUCCGGAGCCAAGUUAGACAAUUGAGAAAUGUUGCUCAUGAGAUUGGCUCAGAAGCAAAGUUUCAGAAGGAUUUUCUUGAGCAGCUGCAAAUGAUCAUGAUCAAAGCUCAAGCAGGGGUGAAGAACAACAUUAGGAAAUUGAACAAGAGCAUAAUCAAGAAUGGUUCAAACCAUAUUGUUCAUGUGGUUCUUUUUGCACUGCUAUGCUUCUUUCUUGUCUACAUGUGGUCCAAAUUGUUCAGAUGAGGUUGCGGUUGCGGUUGCGGUUGCUGCUGAACAUAUCACUGCAGAUAAACCUGUUGGUUGAUUGAGGAUUCAAGAAGGUGUUUCAUUGGCUUAAGCAAUUUCAACCCAGGUUCUUGUGUAAAGGCUGCAUGACUUGUUCUUUGAGAAUCAUGGUUCCGAUCUUUUGUUUCUUCUUUUUCAUAAUGUUUGUAGUCAAGAUACUAGUUUUUCAAGAAUGAUCAAAUUUAAAAGCCUCGUUUACAUUCUAGAAUUUUACAUUUCA